AUGUGGAGUAGUGCUAUACGCUCUCAUGCACUUUUAUAUAUUCAACUGAUUAUCAUUUCAGCUGUUCUGUGGUUUAGCAAUGUUGGUGCAUCAGUAACUACCACAGAUUCAAUUGCAUUCGACUCCAAUCAAGCCACUAUUUCACCGCCACUUUUGGUCAAGAGAAAUAGAAUCGAGACGUUAACAACCACAGCAGAAUGCGACUUUUUCCUAUGUAGCAUUGCAGGUACUCCUCAAGCAGCAACCACAUUCUUACUGGGGACAAUCACUCUCCUUAUCAAUGUGAUUGCAUUUUUUCUGGCAUUGUAUAAUAUGGACUAUCCUCCACUUCGAGCAAAACAACUUUUGCUAGUUGGAUUAGGGCUGAUGGGUGGAUGUUGUUGGUUUUAUGGGUUUAUGCUUGCAGCUGGACUGCUGAUUGUUCCUGACCUUCUUCCCAGUUGUCCAUUCUGGACGGUUGUUGUUCAAAUAUCAUUGGGUUCGUUGACAAUUGUUACUACAAUUUUGCUGAGGUUAUACCGACUUUUUCGUGUCAUUGUUCAGACAAAACCUGUACAGGGGCUGGAUUACCUACUCUGGUGGGUCGUUAUUCUGCUACCAUCCAUCUUGAUCGCCAUCUUUGGUCUUUCUCUGCCUGAAGAGUAUGUGAACUUUUUAAAUCCAGAAACCGGCCAGUGCAAAUUCAAUCCCACUUACAAGUUUGUCAUCAUUUCCUUGAUUGGUCUUAUGAUUUUCAUUGUGGGAGGAUCCAUAUACUAUGUAGGCAAGAGAAUCCACAUUUCAGCAUUUAACGAGUUUCGAGAAAAUAAGAUCUUGCUUUUAUUUGCUCUUGUAGCAUUCUUUUUCAAUUUGGUUUUCAAUGCUACCAAACUGUUCCACAAUUCAUGGGCUCAAAUGAUUGUUGCCAUGAUUACUCUUAUUAUCGUGCACAUGAAUUUCUGGAUUCUUAUUUGGGAACCUUUAUAUGCCUGUUAUUUUAAUCGCGAAGACUAUUUGAUGGACUUUCUUAUUGAACUCAAUGGUGCAGGUCAAUCAUCUCAUGGAACGUCUGAUCCAAUCUACAGUAAUAGUACAUGUGUAAAUACUUGA